AAAUAAACAGAGGAGGGAUCCCACGCAGGCCAGAGAUCGGGUUCGUCUUUCCAUUGGCAUGGCAGCUGUGGGCAUUUAACUCUGGAAACCGAGACUCCUCCAAAUAGUAGAAAUGAAGCUGUUUAUGAUCAUCUUGCUUUGCGUGGCUGCAUUCCCUAGAAGGCUGCGAUGUGAUACCAAUGGCUGCGUCACCUCCUUGAAACGGGACAUUCUGAAGCUGAUGGUCAAAUGGGAAGAUGCCACCUGCCUCCAGAGCCAGCAAGGGCUGCCCCCCAACCUCCUCCAGACGUUGCCCCGAAGCUGCAAGGAGAUCAAAACAGCCCUGGAAGGAGCUGGCGAUGGGUUGUAUUUCCUGGAAACAGAAGAAGGUGAGAUCUACCAAACCUUCUGCGACAUGACCACCCACGGAGGUGGCUGGACCCUGGUGGCCAGCAUCCACGAGAACAACAUCUAUGGGAAAUGCACCCUGGGCGACCGCUGGACCAGCCAACAGGGCAACAACGCCAAUUACCCCAAAGGGGAAGGGAACUGGGACAAGAACACCACGUUCGGGACUGCGGUGGGUUCGACCAGCGACGACUACAAGAACCCUGGCUACUACGACCUUGAGGCAAGGGACAUGGCCAUAUGGCACGUCCCCAACAACAGCCCCAUGAGGGAAUGGCGGGGGUCCGCUAUCUUGAGGUACCACACCGAGACGGGCUUCUUGUCUGCGGAAGGAGGCAACCUUCUCCGGCUCUACCAGCAAUACCCAGUGACGUACGGCAUCGGCAGCUGCCCGGCAAACAAUGGCCCAGUUGUGCCUGUCGUCUAUGACACUGGAAACGAGAAGCAGACCGCCUUCUACUACUCUCCAAAUUCGAGAAAUGAGUUUGUUGCUGGAUACAUACAGUUCCGGGUGUUUAAUAAUGAGAAGGCCGCCAUGGCUCUUUGCGCAGGAAUCAAAGCCACCGGUUGCAAUACGGAGAUGUUUUGUGUCGGUGGCGGAGGGUAUUUCCCGGAAUCCAGUCCGCGGCAGUGCGGGGACUAUACCGCUUUCGAAUGGGACGGCUACGGUUCCCAUUCAGGCUGGAGCGUCUCCAAAGAGUUGCUGGAAUCUGCGAUGCUCAUCUUCUACCGAUGAGUCUCUCAUGGAAGAUGGAGACCCUUCGAAACAAAGGAAACAAAGGCUUGCUCUGAGUUGUAAAAGGAAUGCAGCUUGGCCCCCUGGCUCAAUGCUUUGGAGUCUUGGGAGUUGUAGUUUGGAAAGGCACUCUCCAGAGCUCCAGUGUCCGGAGCUCUUCUCUGCACUCUUGGGCAGAGAAGAGCUCAGAAAACAAGUCCCAGGUCCUCAAAGAACUACAACUCGCAGGUUCCCAAAAGACCCUGGGAAACUACAGCUCCCGGGAAACCAUAGCCUUGAGCCUUGGCCAAUCCAAGUAGGGGUCAAACUGCAUUCAUUUUCCUUCCUGUCUGGUUUUUUCAAUCUAUAUAAAUAAAAAUGUAAUGUUC